AUGGCACAACCGAAUGUAAAGACAGAAGUGAAGCCCAACUUCCAACCACAACCUCACGUCAGAACCCACUCCGAAGCUAUCUAUCACGGUCUACCGAUCCUCCCGACAACCACCAAACCCGAAGGACACACUGCCAUCAUCACAGGCGCAAAUGGCAUAUCAGGCUCCCACAUCCUUCGCCACCUUUCUGCCAAUCCAAGCCGCUGGAAACAUAUCUACGCUUGUUCCCGCUCGCCACCUGCCAAUGCUCCUCGAUUGCCCGACCAUGUGACCUUCGUCUCGGUGGAUCUCCUGUCCUCUAGUCCUGGCGAAAUAGCGUCAGCGUUAAUUCAGGCAGGAUGCCAGAGGAUUGACUACGUCUUCUUCUUCGCUUAUGUCCUCGUGACUUCCGAGGAAGACGGUGGGGCCCUGAAUUGGGAGGAUGAGAGACUAGUACAGAAGAACACGACUCUUCUCGCGAACACUCUCGAUUCCCUCCCAAUCCUUGCCUCUGAAACAGGUAGUAAACUACCAAAACGCAUCACAAUCCAAUACGGCGGCAAAUGGUACGGUCUCCACUUAGGUCUCCAACCAGUCCCCAUGCUCGAAGACCCCGAACGCACCGGCACGCCCCAACCACCUCUCAUACCCGGCUACGAGGACAAAAACCUCUACUACACCCAACACGCCGUCCUCACAGCAUUCUGCACCGAGCACCCAGAAGUAACAUGGACGGCGGGUCUGCCGCCCUACAUAAUCGGCUCUUCGAGUUCGACGAGCACACCUCAGACAUUGCUCUACCCUCUCCUUGUCUACGCCAGUGUGCAGAAGUACCUAGGACGCUCGCUGGACUUUCCAGGGAGUGCUGAGGCCUGGCAGGCGCCGCAAAGUCUAGCCGAUGCGUCGUUGAAUGCCUUGCAGUAUGAAUGGCAAGCCCUGUCACCACAAACGGAGAAUCAGAUGUUCAAUGUGAGUAAUGAUGACACUUUCAACUGGGCUGUCUUCUGGCCUGUGUUUGCCAAAUACUUCGGGGUGGGCUUCACUGGCCCGGCGGACACCACGACAUCAGCACAAGGCAAAGCCAGCUUCUCGUUCGUGGUAUGGGCCAACGACAAGAAGAACCAAGUGGCAUGGAAGGUAUUGGCAGCUACGCACAGUUUGCAGAGCGACAAGUGGGAUAAUGUUGGUGCCAUAUUCGGCCGAGCAGACGGUGCUUUGACGGAUACAGGGGCGAAGAUCAUGAGUACUAUGAAGGCCAAGAAAUAUGGCUGGUUCGGCUGUGUUGAUAGUAUCGAAUCCAUAAUGAAGAUCACCAAAGAGUUCAUCGAGCUCGAGAUCAUCCCGGAUCCAGCGAGGAUCUCGCUCAGAAAUUAG